AAUCAAUUGUAAUUAGAACGUUCAACAAAUACGAAGUAAAUCAGAUUUACGCAAAAUGGAGGACCUGGUAAGCGUUUUGGAUUUCGAAAAGAGGGCUUUCGAAACUUUACCGAGGACCGUUUUGGAUUAUUACCGGAGCGGCGCGGGCAAGCAAGAAACCCUAAGAGAGAACAGGAAAUCUUUCAACAAGUUUAAAUUGAGACCGAGAUGCCUGCGCAACGUCGAAGAGAGAGAUUUAUCUACAGUUGUUCUAGGAGAAAAAGUAUCCAUGCCCAUAGGAAUCGCUCCGACUGCCAUGCAGAAAAUGGCCCAUACCCAAGGGGAAUGCGCCAAUGCUCGAGCCGCCGAAUCGCUAGGUACGAUUUUCACGUUGAGCACAUUGUCAACGAGCAGCAUCGAAGAAGUGGCCAAAGCGGCCCCGAACGCGGUGAAAUGGUACCAAUUGUACAUCUACAAAGACAGGAACGUGACCAGAGAUUUGGUAUCUCGAGCGGAACGGGCCGGUUUCAAAGCCCUAGUCCUCACCGUCGACGCCCCGGUGUUCGGCCUGCGUUUGGCCGAUUUGAAGAACAAAUUCAGCCUGCCCGACCACCUAUCAUUGGCCAAUUUCCGAGGGAUCAAGGCCACGGGCAUCAGAAACAGCGGCGUCGGUUCGGGUCUGAAUAACUACGUAAACGGUCUGUUCGAUUCCACCAUCACUUGGGACGACGUGAAAUGGCUGAGGAGCAUCACGAGCCUUCCGAUCGUACUGAAAGGCAUCAUGACGGCCGAGGACGCUCUGCUGGCCGUGGAGGCGGGCGUCGCCGCCGUGCAAGUAUCCAACCACGGUGCCCGGCAGAUCGACGGCACGGCGGCCUCGAUCGAAGCGCUGUCGGAGAUCGUGCAGGCGGUGGGUGGUAAGGUGGAGGUGUACGUGGACGGCGGCAUCACCGACGGGGUGGACGUGCUGAAGGCGCUGGCUUUGGGGGCCAAGAUGGCGUUCGUGGGGCGCGCGGCGCUCUGGGGAUUGGUCUGCGGCGGACGGGAAGGCGUCGAGAAGGUCUUGGGUAUACUCAAAAACGAAUUGUCCACGGCGAUGGCCAUCGCAGGGUUUUCUCGCGUCGGGGACUUGGAGAGGAACUUGGUGGUACACGAGGGUUACUACUCCAAAAUGUAAUUUACUUUAUGGGGUGUAUUAUUAAAAAUCGUUGUCGCUUCGAUUAGUCCUUAAAAUACUAUAGUAGAACUUAAAAAAAUACAAUACAAUUGAUUUAAAAAAAUACCAAAUAACAAUACUUAUAUAUGUACAUAUCAAAUACUUUGGUCUAUACUUAAUAUAAAAAAUAAGGCAAUUUCGGUUUAAGCUGGAAUUUUUGCUACCUAUCACAAUCUUUUACCUCAUUGGACGGUUAUCAUUAUUACAAUUAAAAUAUUAGCUAAAAUAUUUAUAUGAGAUUCAUCAUUAGUCAAAUUUUCUAAUUGUUCGCGAGACAAACGAUAACUCGGACCUAACGUUAAUUAAUUACAUCAUUUUGUAUGCCUAACAAAUAUUUAAAAAAACAAAUAAAUAAAUUAAACAAUAAAAGUAAAAACUUAAAUCAAUCGCUCUUCGGGCGGCGGUUUCAGCACGUGAUCCAAUUCCACGCGAGGAUUGCAAAAUUCUUGGGCGCUCGGACUGUACGUGCCCCGCGUGGCUCUUUUACUCCUAGCUAGAUUGAGCAAAACGAACGAACCCGCCGCUAAUCCGAUCAACAAUACCGCUAUUACGGGAAUUAUAAUGUACAGGAUGUUCAGUUGGCUCGAUGACUCGCUGGAAGUCCACUAAAACAAAAAAAAAACGAUAAUAAAUAAAUAAUCGAAUAAAGUGAUAUGAAAAGAAACGUAUUUAAAGAAACAUUUUCGGUUAUUACUUGUUAAAAAAAUUAAUAAAAUGACGUGGUAAAAUAAUAAAAUCUCGUAUCAAAUGAGACGUUCUUCGGGCGGCGGUUUGAGCAUAUAGUCCAAUUCCACCCUAGGAUUAGCGAAUUCCUGGGCGCUCGGAUUGUACGUGCCCCUCGUGGCCCUUUUGUGUCUCGCCACUUUUACACAAGUCGACAAACCGAUGCCGAGUGCAAUGGCAACGGCAAGGACGAUCGGUAUCGCUAUAUACAGGAUGUUUAUUUCGCCCGAGGACUCUCUAGCCGACAC